ACUCGCCCAGCACCUUGGCGUCAUUCUCACCGUUAUCGCCUAUUGUGCCCGCAGCUAAAAACCUCCAGCGGCGAGCGGCUUAGUGUAAGUCCGGCAGCGCGAUAACGCCGCACAGCAACGCCUUUCCCUGUGUCGUGUCGGGCAGCAAAAUAACAAAAAGUCGCAAUUCCUAUUUAAGGCCACUUCGAUUUCCGCGAUGAGCAACCUCAGACCAGACGGAGUUCCGCACUACGUCCCUGGACACGUGCCAAUGCAGCCAGCAGGUGUGCCGUUCCCGCCUGCCCAUGUGCCGAUGCCGUCCGCACCCCAAGCCGGGUACAUGCCCCAACCUGGAUAUCCGAUCGGAGCUCCUUACCAACCUGGACAUGUCGCAGGUAUGAACGCCGGGUUUGUCGGCCAACAAGGAGCAUUUGUCCCCACUCAAACGCACGGAUUUCAACCCGGAUAUCCUCAUGGGAGUGGACAGCAGCAUGGAUUCGUCCAGGGCGCGGUUGCAGGGACGGCGGUUGGCGCAACGAUCGGAGCAAUUUGCACCCACUGCGGAGGCACCACCAAAACGUGCAAAAAGUUCAAGAAGGAGGUGAAGGAGUGGAAAAAGAAAAACAAGAAGCACGGCCAUGGACACGGGCACGGACAUGGGCACGGACAUGGGCACGGACACGGCCACGGGCACGGACACGGCCACAAACACAAGCACGGACACAAGUCCUCGUCGUCCUCCAGCAGUUCCUCCAGUGAUUCUGAUUAAACAUAAGUAACAUUAAUAAGCGUAUGGUUAAAAUGUACAUUGUUGUUACAAAAAGUAUUAAAAUAUCAAAUUUGUUAUGAG